GUGUCAACUCCCGGAUCGGCAUAGUAAUAAAAAUCGGCUCGACCGGCAUCCCCCAGCGGUAUCCCGGCUAUUUACAUCCAUCUUAAGAGUCCAGCCACGCUGAAGUUGCGAGUCCAAUAUCGCCUAGAUUUUGUCGUUUUUUGCUUUGCGCAAAAAGUACGGAGUCGACGACGGUAAUCAAGCACUUCGGCGCAGAAUUCCAAAUCGGGAGGCAAAGAAUUUGACUGGAGCUCUCGAUCAGGUUGUUGGACGGGGAAUGUUUUCAGGGGCGAGCAACUGACGUCGACGACGGAGUACAUAACAAAGCUUCGCCGGUACCACCACUUUCCUUUCCUUUCCCGCUCUAAUCAAGACAUUUCUACUCUUCAAUGCAUUCCGACCAGCCGUCGAGUGUGGCCUUUCCCUUGUCUGAGUCGCCAGUCAAGGCCCAGCCGCAGCCACGCCCUACACAUCUACCCUUUCGCCGGAUAUCGCUACCAACUGCACCAACGUUAGGCUAUAGGGAAUCCGUAGUCAGUGUAGCGUCGUUCGACUCGCUACCAGAAGACGGGUCAUUACCGAUACCUGCUAUGAUGCGCAACGUCAAUUCUGGAAAGAGGCCCAAUGGCCGGCCAACAUCUACUGACGGACUGAGGAAGAGAAACAGGAGGAGCCUUCGACCUGUCCAUGACGUAUUGGAGCCGAAAAGGCGGAAGGUCAUCCAGGAGUUUUACGAGACAGAACGCGCCUACGUUGAUGGUCUCGAGCUGAUUUAUUCCCAUUUCCUCACUCCCAUCAUUGCAUCUCUCGAGACUUCUCAGCCACUGCUCGACCGGUCCGGACUGACUUCUGUGUUCUCAAAUUUCAUUGACAUUUGGAAUUUUCAUCGGUCUUUCUUCUCUGCGCUAACGUCCCAUAUUUUCCCGAGCUCGGGUUCCGCUUCCACCUCUUCUCUCCCCCUCUCCACUAACCAGCCACUUUCCCCAAUCCUACUCUCUCACUUUCCAUACCUGUCCCUAUAUACACCAUUCGUUACCGCCUUUCCGACCACCAUCUCUUCUAUCACCAAUCUCAUCACCCCGCCUUCUGCAAACAGCUCUAAUCCUCAGUAUAGUGCUUCUUUUGCAAUCUUUCUGGCUACCCAAGAGUCAGAUCCUCGUUGUGGUAGGCUAAAGCUAAGAGAUUGGCUCUUGACCAUAGUCCAACGUUGCCCGCGAUAUCUUCUCCUUUUAAAGGACUUGAUUGAACGCACAACACCAGAUGAUCCAGAGCACGCGCAAUUAAUGGCGGUUCAUACCCUUGUUUCAAAAAUUACCCAGUCCCUAAACUCCUCUCUCCACACCCAUGCGCAAACCCUUUCCCUUCUUGCUUUACAAAAAACCACACCAAAUCUUCCAUUUCAGCUCAUAAGUCCCGGCCGCACACUCCUGAAACGCGGAAGUCUCCUCCAGAUCGAACGGAGCGAGCACCCACGUGAACGUGAAUUCCUCUUGUUUUCUGAUUGUCUCAUAUGGCUCGCAAGUGAAGACUCGGAACGUGGAUGGAUGAAGACUGACUGGUCCAUUCCCGGAUGGGCGCCACAGGAGCCCAUGGCUCCGUCAAGGCCGCUUAUGAAACGGACAAGGAGCAAGAGUGAGGCGGAGCUGCCUGGUCUGCUUCGUUCCCGUAUAAGCGGGUUCCCGAUGAAGAGCCGUAGCAUGAUUCCGCCACCGACGAGAAAGUCACAGCUGUCUGGAGGCGGCGUCCGGCGGCAAGCGAGUGGCGGUGAUGAGCGGUGGGUGUACAAGGCUCGGGCGGGGUUGGUAGACCUCGAAGUGGUGGUUACGUCGCCUCGGGAGGCUGGGGAGGAGAGGAGGUUUGAGGUUCUGAGCCCCGAGGGAAGUUUCGUGCUGUAUGCGGACACGGAGGAUGAGCGAAAUGAGUGGUGUUCAACGAUAAGACAGGCCAAGGCGCAACUUUUAAUGUCAUUGAAUAUCACGAAUCCGAAUUCGACGCUUACGGCUUCGUCAUCAACGAACCACAUACGGCUGUCGCUGCAGGCACUACCGUUUGCGCCUUCGGAUCAUUCUUCAAAGUCUCCAGGUAAAGGGAAGAAGAAGAAUGUAAAGGAACGAAGGGGAUGGGUGGAGCAUUGGGUUCCGGCUAUUUGGAUACCAGACGAGAAAGCAGAGGGAUGUAUGAGAUGUGGCAGGUCCUUUGGAUGGAGGCGACGAAGACACCAUUGCAGAAUAUGCGGGCGAUGCGUUUGUGCUACGUGUUCAGAUAGAACAUUCUUCAUAACGGAUCCUAAUUCCAAAGAAGACACAAGCAAGCCUGCUCGAGCCUGCAACGCAUGUUAUGAAACCGUGUUCCCGCUUCUCGAUCGGCCUGACGAAGAGGAAAACAGCCACGUACCGUCAGAAAGUAGUAACAACACGAUAACCUCCUUAACCAACUUCCCGUCUUGGCUCUCAAUGCCAUCGCUUCCUUUAAGCUCGACACCCGACGCGCUGAUGGCCAUCUACAGGGACACGCCCAAACAGGACUACACGACCACCAUCGUCGACGAUGACGAGCUCUCUUGCGACUGCCUCCGCGUCAAGUCCUCCCCUUCGCGGCCGCGGAGCUACCACCAAAUCCUAGAGGAUCUCCAGGGCCACGAUCAUUCACGGUUCGAUUUGACAUCUCCCGUAGAGGAGGAAGGUACUAUAGAGGAGGAUUCCCUCGACACGGCAUCUUUUACGUCGAGCAAGAGGCAUACGGUGAAUUUGACGGAGGAGCCUGUGCUGAGAAGGGAGGAUACGGCAAGGAGGAAUAAAAGGUUUUCAUUACCUGCUGUGGCGUUGCAGACGACGAGUGUCACUACAAGGACAAUGAUUGGAGGCGGGGGCGGGGCGGUCGAGGGGAGUAAGUUGACGCAUGUGCAGACGUCAACGAAGACACAAAGGUUCUCGUUGGUGCUUGGUGGGAAAGGGAGUCGGCUUUCGAACGGACAACGUAGUGAGUUUGUGGGCAAGUCGAGAGUGCAGGUGCAGGGUGAUGAGAGGCUGGCAAAGGGUGUAGCUGCUGGGAAGUUGAGCGAACUCUUGGGGAAGAACAUCUAUGCGUAGAUCGCGGAGGUGAUGCCAGUAAUGGACUUCGUCGGGACUAGGAACGGUUUUUUUUGAUACCUUUCACUGCCUAUUCAUGACUUAUUGAUUUUUACGACAUAGAUUUGACAAUGAAAGUAUCAGUUGUUAUACACCAGUAACAAUCUUAUUGUUUU